AUGGAUAAUGAGCCUUUCCCAUUGCUGUCUCUUGCACAGACUGGAGAAUUUUACCGAAAUGCGUCACUUGUGGACAUCCCUGUGCGACCCCAUCCUCCACCAAACAUCUGCUCUCAAAUUAAUGCCGAUGUCCGCCGCUCCGCCGCUCUGAACCGCAUCGCAUUCGCGGUUCCAGUGAAUGGCCAGCUUAUAACAUCAGCCAACACCAGAGAGAAAAAGGUCCUCAAGCCUAAGAAGAAGAGGAAAGCCCAGUGCUCAGACAAGGAGGUCCCAAAAGAUCUGCUUUCUGUGGAAAAAGACAAACUGCAAGAGGAGGAAGGAGUUUGGCAGACCAAGAUCAGCAGCCGAGAAAAGAGACAUUUAAGGAAGGAAAGGCUGAAACAAAAAGAUUCCAUCAGAGCAUCCCUGGGUAGCUCAGUGGUUGAGCCAGCCUUUGACUGGGAUGAGAAGGGAGUGCUGUGGUCACUCACAGAGGACACCGGUGGCAGUGGAAAAGGUGCUGUCAUUGCCAGGGCAGAAUGUGGGACUGCACUGAAGGCCUCAGGAGCCAUACGGGAAGAAUCAGCACCCUCCCAGUCAGAAGAAGAUGUUUUCUCCAACGUAGGAACAUGGGAUAUUGCAGAAGUAAAAUCUUGUCCUGUGACCUUUGGGACAUUAUCAGAGCUGUCCAGGGAGUUAGAUAACGUGAAGAGUAAAUCCUCUGAGGACAGUCCUUCCAGAUGCUGUUGGCACACCAGCUCGACUUUCCUCCCUGCAGAUGACGCAUGGCAGGGGCAGGAAGAUCCUUCAGCAAUUGACCUAGACUCUGACUGGAAGGCUCCCAUGGAAGAGUGGGGAAACUGGACAGGAGAUGAGGAGCAUCAGACAGAGGACAAGAAGGAGAAGGAAUUACCAAAAGGCAAAGCAGGCAUUCAUUUCUGCCUUUCUGGACUGGAAAGCAAAACACAACGGAAGAAGAAGAAAACUGAAGUGAAGGAAGCAAGGGGUGGAGCUGGACUGUGGCAUCCCCAGCAAGGUUUGGAAACAAGAAUUGAAGAAGGCCCAAGGGACUUGAUAUCUACAAAACAUAGCAGUGAUGCAGUCUGUGCUUCCUUAAAAAAAUCCUUGGACGUUGCUAAUAAUUCACCCAAUAACGGCAGAAAGCCAGCAGUUCCCAGGGACAUGAUUGCACGUGGAAGGUUUGUGCACUGGCCCCUGUUGUUUGUAUGACAGACAUACCUGGGAAAAGGGAGAGGAGGAAGAGGAAGAAAAUGAAGAAAGAGACUUGAGGGAGCUGUGCAGCUGCCAGAGUGACAACCCAAUGGGGCAGGCAUGCCGAUGAGCUGCAAGGAUUCUGCUUUCUGCAAUGCUGCGCUGACCCCAAAGUAAAGAGAGGCUCUAGGAGACCUCCCAGCGGGAGGAAGAGAAGAGGAGCAGUGAGCCAGAGAGCGUGAGUGUGUGAGAGAACAGAGAGAAUGAGCGCGCUGUGCACAGGAGGUGGCGUUGAAACAGUGUGGCUGUUCAUUACAAACUGCUGCCCUUGAUUAAAAGCUGUUGAAUGGAUUUUGACUGGUUGCAUUAAGUUCUUUCAGUUUUUCACUGUCAUGUUGUUUGUCAACUUGUAAUGUUAUAUGCCAUUGUAGAAAUGGUCAGGAUAUACCUGACCGUGAUUGUACUUAAUUUUCAUGGAGGGUCCACCAGCUAGUCUGGUUUCUUCUGGCAUUUUUGCAGAGAUGCUCAUCAACAGACUAGUAAUGUACAGAAGGAAGCACUGUUCAGAGACAAAGGGAGAAUAAAAUGGAUUGUUCUCAAACCUCCUGAAUCUUUUAAAUCCUUGUUGGUUGAUACAGUCAGCUUUUUGCAUUAUACCUUGACAUAGUUAUAAUUUUCACACCAUGUCAGAGUACCUGGCUCCACAAGGGGAAAUUUCUAAAGGAGGUUUUAAACUUAUUUGGAAAGAUGGUCUAAACCCUUUUUUUUCUCCUCAGAUUUCAUGGUGGGCUAAAUUUUAAAGUCUGUAUGUCCAAAGCAUGUUGCAUUUGUACUUAUAGUAGACUGAAGUAACUUUUUGAAAUAACUUUUCUUAAUCUGAUGUUUGGAAGUUUUUAUCAUUUUGUAACUUAAUUAUUCUAAUAUAAACUACAUUUGUGAAUGAAAUUUUUUGAAAUGCCAUUUUAAUAUUUACUGAAGAGUGUGUAUUUCUCAUUGUCAGAGGGUUUGUAAUAUGGAGGAGGGAAUGUGUUACAGCUGAAUAUUGUGGUUUAUAAAUAACACCAAGCUGAAGCCCUUUAUCCCUAGAGGAGCAGCAGCUUUGGUGGUAGCUGUGGGAUUUCUUCAGAUGGUCCUGAGACUGUGCCUCCACCUGACCCCUCCUAGAAGUGCUGCCUUGAAGGAUGAGAUAGUGAUUGUCAAAUCUCCAUCUGCAUUUGACUUUGUGCCUUUGGAGACUGCGUGGGAAGAUUACGUUAUUAAUGCAUGUUAAACGUACGCACGUUCAGUUUGUAAGCAUUGGGCUGAUGCUAUGAAACUCAUUUCACACAGGACACUGAGUAACCAGGGAUGAUAAUGGCUUUAAAGCCCUACAGCAGCACUCCUGUUUGUGUCAUUGAGCCAGAGGAGAGCUCUAUGCUUCUGCCAUCACAGUCACCCAGUCCCCAAUGCUGGCUUGUCUGAGGUUUACCUGCAGCUCAACACUUUUACCUGAUUGCUUUCAUCUGUUGCACAGCUGUCAAAGCAGCUGUAUCCUUCAGAGGGGCAAUUAGUUGCAGCAAUGUAUUUGUGUUUGGAGUUUAGCUACUAUAUGUUAAAGGGCAGUUCUCUUGUACUGUGAUUUUUGGGGUAGCUGACUGUACAGUAUGCCCUGAAAUUUAGCACAGCAGGAUUGUUUUAGACAGACAGGUAAGGGGUAAUCUUAACUGAUGCCACUUAGCAGCCCACCAAGUGUCUAGAAUCUGCAAGUCUUGGUGUUUGUGUCUCAGUGUAGGGGAAAUAUAGGCAGUUUAUGAAUGGACUGAAUAAACCAAAGAGCUUUUAUCUGGAAAGUAACUGGUUUGGAGCAGAUGCAUAACAAGAAAAUACAUAGCCUCACUGGAGAAACAAGUACAGCAAGUUCAAGGAUUUAGAAGAUGUGUUAAUGAGUAUGUGGGUAAUGAGUAAAGUUCUGCUAUCUCUGAAGCCAAUGGAAAACAUUCAUUGACCUCAUUGGGGCCAGGAUGUUGCCCAAGGUCUUUGUUUAGCAUUGAAGAUAACCUCUGUCAUC